ACUGAAUCAACAUGGCGGCGGCUAGGGUGCUCGCAAGAGGUGUCCGAUUGGGUUCAUAUAGCAUCGGUAGAAGUCGCAGUUUAAUAUUUAACACUGUACAGGGACGAGGAAUAGCAGCUUGCAUUGAUCCCUCUAUAGGACUCACAGAUGAACAAAAAGACUUUCAAAAAGUGGCAUUUGACUUUGCUGCCAACGAGAUGGCACCACAUAUGGCAGAAUGGGACCUGAAGGAAAUUUUCCCUGUGGAGGCCAUGAGGAAAGCCGCCCAGCUGGGGUUUGGUGGGAUUUACGUGAACCCUGAUGUUGGGGGGUCCGGACUCUCUCGUCUGGACACCUCUAUCAUAUUUGAGGCUUUAUCCACAGGCUGUGUCAGCACUACCGCAUACAUCAGUAUUCACAACAUGUGUGCCUGGAUGAUAGACACAUUUGGAAACAAUGAGCAGAGGGAGAAAUUCUGUCCUGAUCUGUGCGCUAUGCAGAAGUUUGCCUCGUACUGUCUCACAGAACCUGGUAGUGGGAGUGAUGCCGCUUCACUUCUAACCAGCGCAACACUCCAAGGAGAUCAUUAUAUCCUGAAUGGCUCCAAGGCGUUCAUCAGUGGAGGUGGAGACACAGAUGUUUAUGUGGUGAUGUGCAGGACAGGUGGGAAGGGACCUAAGGGCAUCUCCUGCCUGGUGGUUGAAAAAGGAACCCCUGGACUCAGCUUUGGCAAAAAAGAGAAGAAGGUAGGUUGGAACUCGCAGCCAACCCGGGCCGUGAUAUUUGAGGACUGCGCUGUCCCAGUGAUCAAUCGGCUUGGAGCAGAAGGGGAGGGCUUCAGCAUUGCCAUGAAAGGCCUUAAUGGAGGCAGAAUUAAUAUUGCUUCUUGUUCCCUUGGAGCGGCUCACGCAUCUGUGCUUCUGGCCCGAGAUCACAUGUGUGUGCGGAAACAGUUUGGAGAAACACUAUCGAACAGCCAGUUCCUGCAGUUUAAGCUGGCUGAGAUGGCCACUAAGCUGGUAGCUUCUCGGCUGCUGGUGCGCCAGGCGGCGGUGGCUCUGCAGGAGGGUCGACCGGAGGCGGUCUCGCUCUGCUCAAUGGCCAAACUCUUUGUGACCGAUGAGUGUUUUUCAAUAUGUAACCAGGCCUUACAGAUACAUGGAGGUUAUGGUUACCUAAAGGACUAUGCAGUGCAGCAGUACGUCAGAGACAUUAGAGUACAUCAGAUAUUGGAGGGUACAAAUGAAGUGAUGAGGAUGAUCAUUGCAAGAAGUUUGCUCACUGAGUCAUGAUGCUCAUAAAUGGACUCCUUAACGGGACAAAACCGUUUGUGUCCUCAUUGUCUAAAAUGUUCAUCAGAGAUAUUGGGUUAAGUGACCGUUAUAUAUUUAUAUGUCCCACAUGUGACUAUAGAGAUAACUGCUCUUUCACACUCCUGCGUCUGUUGAGUUUGAUCAUGAGAUGUCGACAGUAUUUUAUGCAGAAAGUGUGUGCCUUAAACUUGUGAAUUAGUAAAUCUAGAUUAUAGUGGUUAUUAUAAAAGCACACUGAGGAAUUUGGUUUGUUUGGGGUCAAAAUACCGUCAGGUUACGAAAUGUAACCUGUAAAGAAAAACUGGCUAUAACAUUAAAGUGAAACAUUUACAAAAGUUACUGAAACAAUUUAGUUGAAAUCAUAUAAUUAAGGCUAAUAAAUCCUCAAAUCUAACCCUUUUAUGUACAUAUAGAUAUCAGAUGAAUUCAAUAUUCAGAACUUACUUUUUAUCACAGACAGCUGUCUUUGUGAGCACAGAAAAUCCUAUCAGUUCAAGUGUGGCUUUAUAUUGUUUGACCUCAUUACACAAUAUGUAUAAAUCUUACCCUCAUGUUGUUUUGAAAAUGACUCUUGAGCUGUUGUGCACCCUGUAAAAUAAAAUAUAAAAGCUGUUUGGUGAAACUUUCCACAAAGGC